AUGGAAUCAAAAUAUUUGCCAACUACGAUCAUAUUACCAAUUCUGUUUAUUAUAUUAUCCAUAGCAUACUCAGUAGCUUGAGUUUAUGUAUACAGAAGAAGGGAGUACCAGGAACUCUUUGCGAAGUCUCCAGUGAUUUUAUUACUAUCAAUUGUAUUAAGCUAUACACACACAAUUUCAUCAAUUUUGCUGGGGUGUCUUUUUACUAUGGGAGAAGAAAGAGAUAUGCCAAUAGGUUUUCCUAUUAUGGUGCUUUAUUGCUUGUCCAGGCACGCUUUAUAUAUCACGACCAUCUUAAAAGUAUAUCGUCUGCGGUUGAUCUAUCAAAUCAGGUCAGGCGAUAUAAGCAAUUACGAAAAACUAUUAAAUAGAAAAGUAAGACUUACAGACCGCUGGAACUUAAAAGUCAUAAUUAUUUAUACUCUUACUUUGUCUUCUAUAUUUGUUGUGCUUUUUUCAGUUCAAUUCGGAUAUAAUCAUUCAAAUUCCCUGAGCAGGGACCUCAAAAAGAAGCUAAAGUAUUAUUAUAUGGCCCGAUAAGGGCCGUGGGUUCUCCGUGGAAUCCCUCUGUUGUUGGUUAAACCAACUCAGUGCGUUUGUUUGACCAAUUCACUGGUUGAUUCAACAGCAGAGGGAUUCCACGGAGAACUCACGGCCCUUAUCGGGCUAUAUAGGGAAAACACCUAUAUAUGUGGCUCGCUGACGUUGUCAGUGAAGAAAUUUUCUAUGCAAUCUAUAUUUGGAGAAUUAGAAAGGCGAGUAAUGUUGGACUUAUGAAGACUGAAUUGUUUAUAUAUCUUUUGAUAUGAUCUCUGGGAUUCACUUUUCCCUGAAUGAAAAUAGAUGUCUUUUAUAUUUGCAUUAUGCCAAUAAGAAAUUUGCUCACCAUGCUUGUCACUAUCUUAAUUACUAAUAAGGAAAGUACAAAGCGAUCAAUAAUCCCUCUGCCAAACCUUAAAGAUUCACGAAUGGUCCUUGAAAAUUUCCACCUCUAUGAAACUUUCAGAAAUUUCAUAAUAAAGUCAAAGAACAAUGUUUGGCUUUAUUAUCUAAAUUUAUUAGUUUCAAUAAACGUCUUUAAAAUCAAUAAUACAGCACUAAGAGCACAAGAUAUUUAUAAUCAUUUCUUUCAAAAUCAAUCAAUAUUGCCAGCAGCGGUGGUGAAGGGGAUAAAAGCAUCAAUAAUUUUUUCAAGAGAAAGCACGAUUAGAUUAGAUUAGAUUAGAUUAAAAGUUAGAACGAAUCUUCGGGUUUAUUUCAGGCUCUUCACCAUAGGCAUCGGGCUGCACUUAUGCCCUUUUCUGUCAACAUCACCAAAAAUGUAACGUUGCCAUCUCUCGGGGAGACGCACCCAGGUACUUCCUUGGACAACUCCUAAUGGUCGACAUGAUCUAUCCAGGAUGGGAUAUAGGAUACGACCCCGAAUCCUUCUUCUGGUCCCUAUUACCCUUCGCAACCAGAAAUGUGGAGUUGUUUUAUAGACUCUGGUUUUCUUGUAUAUGGUGCGGGGUAAAAACUCUGACCUGGAAUAAAAACCCACCCCGGAUACAAUUUCCAGGCAGCAGCCCUUUUAAACCCAAAAAACCCAAAAGGGUUUGGGAGAAGGAUGGGCUGGAUAAGCUGCCAUUUUAUUUGUGUAGAGAAAGCAACGAAGAUGUGAAUUCUGAGCUAUUUAGAGAUGUUGAGGAUUAUAUUAUUUCUCAAUUUGAUAGCUGUGUAUACAUAAUUAAAAUAUGGCGUCUUCGUCUGGGUAUGGCCUCACGGCCAUACAUACUCGACUCAUAUUUUAAUUAUAUCCGACAAGGUUUUGCCAUUCCAGACAUGAGCAACAAUGCCAUGGUAAGCAAUUCUGCAGUGCAGAGCCUGGCCCAUGCUCAAUGACCAGAAUGGUUUUUCUCCUCGAGAGGAAAGGGAGUCCGGGUUUGGAAAGGGUAAGCCCAGCAGAGUCUACAGGCAACGCCAGACCAUUCGGGCAAUUACCUAGCGUGAAACUGGGGCGUUACGUCCCAGGACUUGGAAUUUUCCUUUCUGCCGAAAGGUGACCAGAAAUUCCAUUUUUUUGAAUUUCGGAAAGCCAACUCUCGUACUCAAGCAGCAGCCGCAGAAGCCCAUAGCCCGCCCACUCAACACUAAGCCACGGGAAACCGUGGGAAGGAGGAGGCGUAUGUCCUGGUGACUGGUUUAUAUGGCCAGUUUGGACUAUGCCACAAAGCAGGUGAACCCUAAUACUGGAUCCUUGGUGUGACUGCGUUAACACUACGGCAGACGCCUGUAAAUAUUAAGUUAAGUUAAGUUAAGAUAGCUGUGUAUAUCCCCAGUAUUGUAAUUCAAGCGAAUACUUAAAAAAUUAUAAUGAAAUGGAAAACUUUGUCUAG